GAAUUAUGGAAAUCCUUCAUGGACCGUAGCAUUACUCUUGCAUUUAAGAUGUGAGAGAGAGAGAGAGAGAGAGAGAGAGAGAGAGAGAGAUGGAUGCACCAUUUUCACUAACUUUGACACUGUUUUUCUGCUGCUCAUCUGUUUCCUCAGAUGAUAUUUCCCCAGGCUCAACCCUCUACGCGUCAAACCCAACCCAAACUUGGACCUCCCCGAACAAAAACUUCUCUCUCGGCUUCAUAUCUGACGGCCCCGCCCACUUCGCCGCCGUCACGUGCGACGGCGUCCCAGUCUGGAAGGCCGGCGGCAGCGAAAGCGGCGGCGGGGCGGCCGACUCCUCCGCCUCCCUCCAGUUCCAAGCCAACGGCAACCUCCGCCUCGUCAACGGCUCCUCCGGCUCCGUUGUGUGGCAAUCCCACACCGCCGGCCGCGGCAUCACCUCUGCCGCCCUCGACGACUCAGGUAACUUUGUUCUGAAAAACAGUACCGUUUCUGUUUGGUCCACCUUCGAUAACCCAACAGAUACCAUCUUGCCCUCACAAAACUUCGCAAUAAACAAAGUCCUGCGAUCUGGGUUGUACUCUUUUAGUCUCCUUAGCUCUGGAAAUCUAGCACUGAGAUGGAACAACUAUAUUGUGUAUUGGAGUUUGGGUUUGGAUUCAUCAUUCGACAGCAUUAACUUAACAUCACCUAGUUUAAGUCUUGAAUCGAAUGGCACAUUAUCGGUCUUCGAUCCAUUGCUUUCGAGCCCCGUGGUCAUGGCUUAUAGCAGUGAUCAUGCCGAAGGGAGCGACGUACUCAGGUUUUUGAGAUUGGACAAUGAUGGGAAUUUGAGGAUUUAUAGCUCUUCCAAGGGAAGUGGGAAAAUCACAGAGAGGUGGGCAGCUGUUGCUAAUCAGUGUCUAGUUUUCGGGUACUGUGGGGAUAUGGGUGUCUGUAGUUACAACGAUUCGGGUCCGACUUGUGGGUGUCCUUCCCAGAAUUUCGAACCGAUUGAUCUGUAUAAUAGACGAAAAGGGUGCCGGAGGAGAGUGGAGAUAGAGGAUUGUCCCGAUAGAGAAACAAUGUUGCAAUUAGACCACACAACGUUUUUGACAUACCCUCCCGAGUUGGCUCCACAACUUUUCUCCGUGGGUAUAGCUGCGUGCCAAUUGAAUUGCCUGAACAGCCGCUCUUGCAUUGCCUCCACUUCAUUGGCGGACGGGCGGGGGUCGAUUUACAUGAAAUUCCCGGGUUUCUUAAGCGGGUAUCAGUCUCCGGCCCUCCGUACCACUUCAUUUCUCAAGGUUUGUUACCCGAUAAUACCGAAUCAAUCUAUUUCCCGCGAGAAUGCUCGCGGGUAUCAUGCAUGGAUUGUCGUACUUGUGGUUCUGGGCCCCAUUUUUGGUUUUUUCGUGCUAGAGUGUGUCUUGUGGUCGUGGUUGCAUGGAAAAAGUCAGCGAUUUGGGGGGCUCUCCGGUCAACAUUCCCUUCUCGACUUCGUCUCUGGCGUAUCACUCCAGUUCUCUUACAAAGAGUUGCUAUCGGCCACAAAAGGUUUUAAGGAUAAGGUCGGAGGAGGAGAAUUUGGGGCUGUUUUCGUUGGUACUCUUGCCAAUGGAACCGUUGUUGCGGUGAAGCGUCUUGAGGGAAUCGAGCUGGGGGAGAAACAAUUUCGGAAGGAAGUUGCAACUAUAAGUAGCACCCACCAUUGGAAUUUAGUCAGAUUGAUCGGGUUUUGCUGUGACGGAUAUCGCCACAGGCUUCUGGUAUACGAGUUCAUGGAAAAAAGAUCCCUUGAUCAUUUUCUUUUCCCAAGGGAAGAACAGUUCAAAACAUCGUUGAAUUGGGAGUGUAGGUUUACCAUAGCCCUCGGUACUGCCAAGGGACUGACGUACCUUCACGAGGAGUGUCAAGACUGCAUUGUGCACGGUCAUAUGAAGCCAGAGAAUAUCCUCUUGGAUGAGAAAUACAUUGCCAAGGUCUCGGAUUUCGGCCUUGCAAGACUCACGAGUCCUAAAAAAGACCAUCAUCGGUACCGAACUUUGGCAAGCACCAGUGGUUUUACAAAAGAUUAUUUGGCUCCAGAAUGGCUUAAGAACCUUCCGAUAACAUCAAAAGCUGAUGUUUACAGCUAUGGCAUGGUUUUACUGGAAUUAGUGAGCGGGAGAAGAAGUUUCGAAGCCUCCGCAGAAACAGAUGAGAAAAAGUUUUCAGUUUGGGCUUUUGAGGAGUUUGAAAGGGGAAAUGUGAAGGAAAUUGUUGACAAAAGGAUUUUAGAUCACGAGGAGGUGGAUAUGGGCAAAGUUAUUAGGGCCAUUCAGGUGGGGUUUUGGUGUAUCCAAGAGCAACCUUCUCAGAGGCCAACAAUGGGAGAAGUGGUGCAAAUGUUGGAAGGGGUUACCAAGAUUGGGAAGCCACCAAACCCUAAGGCUGUUUUUGAAGGGGCUUCUAACGGAGAAAACAAGAAUGUGAGUGUUUUUUCAAACUUUGUAGAUUCAACAAUGGCUCCCUCUUCAUCAUCCUCAUUCCAAACUUCCCAAACCUCAUCUUUUGUUUUGGAAAGGAAUCUAGAGAGGGCAUCUUCAUGCCUUGCAGCAUCAGAGCACAAGCAAGGAUCACUUUUGAUGGGAAAAGUGGUGCAGAUGUUAGAAGGGAUUAUUGAAAUGGAAAAGCCACCACCCCCUAAGGCUGCAGCUGAAGGAUCCGUUUAGUGGAACCAGCAUGAACGUAAGCGCUAGUGUCUGUCCCUUCUCCGCCUUUGCAGCUUCAGCCCCAGGUCCCUCUUCGUCGUCUUCAUUCCGAACUGCAGAGAUUUCAUCUUUUGUUUCGCGAAGGAACGGGGAGAGGGCAACUUCCGCCUCUUUUACAACCUAAGCUAAGCUCAAUUGAUGCUCAUCGGUGUGUACAAGUACUUUUGGGUUCUACUUCUCUGAAACCUUUUGGGAAGGGAAGAAACUGGAGGUGGGUAAGCUUUGUUCAUUCAUAUAUUGGCCUACAAUAUUCUUAUACUGUAUCAUAUCGUUCCCAUUGUCAUGAUAUUUUUAGAAUUUUCAAGACCAGGCUUUGUUGUAGAGUCUAGCCCUUUGUACAGGUUCACUCAUGUUGUUCAAGGGAAGAAUUACGAUUAAUAUGAUUGUGAAUUAGUGAAUGCUGAACUUUUUUUUU